AAAUCAUCAUCAGAGCAAACGAUAUCCAGAUUCCAGAGUCCUUGACAACCAUCACGGCCGUCUUUCACUGCAGGAAAAAAAAAGUAAUAAAAAACCCAGUCAAAAGAAUCCAACAACCCCACCAACGCUAAUCGGCAACCCCACCUGUGCCGUCAAAGUAUCACGCGCUUGCACACGCCUUCAUUCUCUCCUUUGAGUGAGUCUCCCUGUUCCCAACAGAAUUACAAACCCAAGACCCCAAAACCUACCAGAAACAAAACCAAACCAAAACAAAUCCCCAAAUUCAAAAUAUAAAUAAAAAACUAAAGCGAAGCUGAAAAAUCGGAAGGAGAAAAACAUACAAGUCUCACCUGAAAUGGCGUCGUCGAAGGUGAUGGCGUCGUCGAAACCUAGAAAUUCGGAUCCAUCUUCAACAACUUCAUCUCGAUCGCGACGCGCCACUUCUUCUUCUUCUGCCACUAAUACUACAGCAAAACCAGCUUAUCAAUCUACUGACCGAUUAUUUCAAAAGGAAUCAACAAUGACAGUUGACGGCAUCCUACGUAGCGUGUACGCGUCUCCAUCAACCGAAUCGACUCUUCUCGACGCACAAAUAACCCUAAUGGAAUCCCCUGACCAUCUCCCUCAUCCACAAAUCGAAACAGAUGAUACCGACGAUCAAGAUAUGAGUGAUAUAAUUCCACAAGAGAACAAGACUGCGGAUGAUAUUUGGAGAGAAAUUGUUGUGGGGAGAAAGGAAAUGAAGGAUGAGCCGGACGAGAUGAUGACUUUGGAGGAUUUUUUAGCGAAGGCAGGGGCGGUGGAUGUGGUUGGAGAGGAUGGGGAUGAGGUCAAGAUGCCGCCGCCUGAGAGGUUGAGUGGAGGAUUGUAUGCGUUUGAUUCUUUGCCACCGAGUUCAUUUCAGGUGCUGGAUAAGGAGGAAGGGUCGAUUGUUGGCUUUGGGAAUGGAGUGGAGGUGGAGCUUGUUGCUGGUAGUGGUGGUGGUGGCAGUGGUGGAGGAAGAGGGAAGAGAGGAAGGGGUGUGGCAAUGGAACCCUUGGAUAAGGCGGCACAGCAGAGGCAGAGGAGGAUGAUUAAGAAUCGGGAGUCUGCUGCUCGCUCCAGAGAGAGGAAGCAGGCUUAUCAAGUGGAAUUGGAGUCUUUGGCAGUGAGGUUAGAGGAGGAGAAUGAGCAGCUGCUUAAAGAGAAGCCAAGAAAUGAAUUGAAUUUGGACUGUCCAAAUCUCAGUAGCAAUGGGAAGAAAAAUGGUAUCAACAAUGCAAAAACCAAAUAGUUAUUUAAACCCGGUGGCAUAGGUCUGGCUGCAGUGAUCGACAAUUCAUUCUUUACCUCCUAAACAAAUUAGUGUUACGCUUGUAAUGUAGGUAUAUUGCUUCUCAUGUCCUGAUUAUUUGUUGCCAUGUCUGAUGGAUCCACAUUUUGAGAGUGUUUGAAAUCCAUUAAUGUUCUCAAAACCUUUCAGAAUGGCUUAAGACAAAUGAAAAGGAUAGAAAUAAAAAUCCUUAGGCAUCAUUUUACAUGUCAGAUCUGUUGCCCUUUAGUAUGCUGGAUGGCUCUGCAGCAACUAAACAUAUGUGAAUUCAGACUUGUAGAUUUAGAUAGUAUAAAACAAGUUCGACAAUAUGCAGCCUAGUUCCACAGUAUGAUUGCAUUGGCUUGCUUCUGUUUUUUUCACAAGCUUGAUACAAUGGAAGAUCUUUGCUCCUUUUUUUUCUUUCAUUUUUUUUAUGAUCUUAAUAUUCUAUUUACAUGUCUAUCUGUGCUCACUGCUUAGUCUGUAGUUGUUUUGAUUAUUCCUUACUGUGACCUUUUCAUUUCUUCUACUUAGUCUCAAACACAUGAACAUCUCAUAAUGCAUUUUCCCAGGCUCUAUUUACAAAAAAUGCUACUUUCUUCCUACCUAGCGCAGUGCUGUUGAAUUAUGCAUUUUCCCCCCUAUAAAAUGGGCACACGAUGGCACAUUUAGAGUUUAUCAUCUUUGUUUGCAUGCAAUUAAUGGUUAGCAUUAAUUUUAACUAUAACAAUCAUUGUUAUGCUUUGAAGUUACAUGCAGCAAGUAUAAAUUGCUUUGCAUUUUUAGUUUUUCCUCAGGUUUGUAUGUCUAAUAUGCCAGUAUGUAUGUAUGUAGUAGAUUUUUUUUCUCUUUUAUUAUAAAA